CGACGAAUAGCUGCCUUCCUUCUAGUCUUACACUGCUAAAUUAGGGCAAAUAGUCCUCGUGUAGCUUUGUGCGAAAUUCAAAAAACAAACAAAUACUAUCUAGGUACCGGAUUUUAAUAAUGGAAAGUAUAUUGUAAAACGUUCACUAUUUAAUAAUAUAAAGUGAGUAAGAAAAUUUUCAUAGUCUAAGUACCAGAUUUUGAUAAUAGAAAGUAGGUGGUAAAACGUUCACUGUUUGGGUACCAUGUUUUAAUAAUAGAAAGUGGGUAGUAAGACGUUCACUGUUUGGGUACCAUGUUUUAAUAAUAGAAAUUGGGUAGUAAAUCGUUCGUUGUCUAGGUACCAUGUUUUAAUAAUAGAAAGUGGGUAGUAAAACGUCCACUGUCUCGGUACCAUGGUUUAAUAAUAGAAAGUAGGUAGUAAAACGUUCGUUGUCUCGGUACCAUGUUUUAAUAAUAGAAAGUAGGUAGUAAAACGUUCGUUGUCUCGGUACCAUGUUUUAAUAAUAGAAAGUAGGUAGUAAAACGUCCACUGUCUCGGUACCAUGUUUAAAUAAUAGAAAGUGGGUAAUAAAACGUUCGUUGUCUCGGUACCAUGUUUUAAUAAUAGAAAGUGGGUAAUAAAACGUUUCCACUGUUUAGGUACCAUGUUUUAAUAAUAGAAAGUAGGUAGUAAAACGUUCGUUGUCUCGGUACCAUGUUUUAAUAAUAGAAAGUGGGUAGUAAAACGUCCACUGUCUCGGUACCAUGGUUUAAUAAUAGAAAGUAGGUAGUAAAACGUUCACUGUCUCGGUACCAUGUUUUAAUAAUAGAAAGUUGGUAGUAAAACGUUCGUUGUCUAGGUACCAUGUUUUAAUAAUAGAAAGUAGGUAGUAAAACGUUUACUGUUUAGGUACCAUGUUUUAAUAAUAGAAAGUGGGUAGUAAAACGUUCACUGUCUCCGUAACAUGUUUUAAUAAGAGAAAGUGGGUAGUAAAACGUUCACUGUCUCGGUAACAUGUUUUAAUAAGAGAAAAUGAUAUCUCUAAGUUGUACUGUAGAUGUUAAAGUUGUACAGAAUAACUUGAAUCAAGUUACCUUUAAUUAUGCUAAACUGUAAGACAAGUGUGUUCCUAUAGAAAUUAUACCUAACUGUUUUACUAAAGAUAAAGGAUAAAAGUAGGAAUAACGUUUAUAAGUUGAAAUAAACACUUGGUUCGGAAUUGUGUAGAAUCUAGAAAUUUGUUUAAAUGUAUAAUAGAGCAAAGCCUCAUCGGACUCUCUGAUGUGUCCUCCGAGAGAAUCGAACCCUGGAUCACCUCCCCCACAUAACAGCUUGUUAUCAAACUGAUUAUUUAAUGUGGCUACUGUGUUUUCCUAAUUAAUUAGAGAAUCAUUACUUGAGGUGUACUAUUGUAAAGGAGCGGUAAGUAUAAGGUCAGACAGCUUUCAGCUAAUGAUAAAAUCUUCGUUCUAUAUAACUUGUUUCAUAUUAGAGACAUGAUUACACUUCCAUAGAUCUAACACGGGAGAUAAUCUGCAUUUGAAGAAUAAGAGCGAUGAUGUACACACGAAGGUGACCCUCUCGAUCCCACAGAGCUACAGCACCAUUCAAUACUUCAAGGAUGCUGCUUGUCUUCCACCUACGCUGAUACAAAUAAGUUUGCUUCUUAAAGGUGGAGAUCUACGACAUUUAACUUUUAGCCAUAAGCUAUUCCUUGUUGCAUUUCACUGCCAAAUGACUGUGAAUCAAAUGUAAAGGCGAUGCGUUUCAAGCCUGCCGGUACCUCGUUAGUAUAUAAAAAUAAUUCUUAUAAGUUGCAAUUAGCUCUUUUUAUUUUAUUUUUAUAAGUUAAAUUAUGAUGUUUUCAGCUUUCCUAUACCUUCUGUUGGCUACAAAAAAAAUUUACAUCUUUCAGUGAAACGAUUUUGACACAAGAAUCAGCUCAAUAACAGUUCGUUAGUAAGUUAACAGAACUUCAGCAAGGAUUACCUGGAAAAUGAAGGUUUCUCUGCUCUUCGUACUGGCUGCCCAGUUUGCAGUUUCUCUUUCUUGUGAUGAUCAGUAUGUGGAAUGUCUAGAAUAUGAGGUGUUAGCUGAACAUCAGGAAUAUGAAGAGCGAAAGUAUUCAGCAACAACAUGGGUAAGCGUUACUGUAGAAGGUUCGUCCUUGUCUAAAGCAGAAUCGUCAGUUUUAUAUCAACUGGGACGUUAUAUACAAGGUUAUAACUCCAAGAAUUUGUUUAUCAAUACCACAAUGCCAAUUCGAACCAAGAUAGAAAGCUGUAGAUCUGAGAAUUGUUCCACAAAAUACACAAUCUCCUUUCUAAUCCCAAAGGGAAUUGAGAAUGAUCCACCUGCUCCUACAGACCAUGCACUAUUUCUUGAAAAAGAGCCUCCUCGAGUUUAUGCUGUCAGGCGAUUGAAUGGAACGUUCACACAAACAUUCUGGGAAUCAAGUCUAGAAAUACUACAAAGGAGUAUUGAGAACGAGAUUGUACUAAAACAGGACGUUUCCUACAUUGCCCGGUUCUACUACGACACAGUAUUUAAUUACUUUAAACGGUUUAUCGAGAUCUGGAUAGAACUGGAGUAGCAGAUCCCAGAUAUACAACUUUCCUAUAUUUAAAUUAUUUAUUAUGUUAUCCUCUUAGUUUCGACAAAUAAAUGUAACCUAAUUUCAAUGGCAACUUGUUCCCGCCUUAUAAUAACCAUUUCAAUAACUAUAAUAUAUAUUCCACACUGAUAGUUAUGCACGCGCUCAUCAUUCCUUAAAGUUGCGCAUAAAGAAACUUGGGGAAAGGGGGAGGUGUAUGUAAGUGAAAGUAGAAGUGUGCUUAAUAUCAGAAAGUUGGUAAGUUGAAAUAAUGAAGUAAAAUUAUCCAAACUAUUUUUAUUAUCAUCACUCAAUAUACAGAAGUAUAUUCAUUUAAUGUUUGUUGAUUGUGUGGAUGUUAAAAUAUAAAACCACAUUCUCUCUUGAUAAUCUACAAUCUUGUCUUAUGUAACUCGUUGUUUUACUUUAACCAUUUGUAUGUGUAAUUAACUCUCCAUGUAGUUUGUAGUAUUAGAAUAUCUUCAAUAAAAUAUUUUAUAC